AUCCAUGAUAUUUCUCCAAAUUUGUGGCCUUGACUAUAACGAGUUAUAUCCGUAUGUGCUCGUCGGAGAACGUCGAUGAGUUACAUAGGUUCCUUACCCUCGAGGAAGCAACCCCAAUCUGCAACCGGUUUCAUGGCGCCGAAUGGCAACAUGGAGGUCAGGUUAUGUGGAGUGGGGUGCCCCGUAAACUGGUACAGGCUUGGGCGGAUAGACAUGGCAUGCAGACAUUAACAACAGCCAUGGGGCCUUUGAUGAUCCAUGACCACCCGCAGUGUUUAUGGUCUCGGAAAACAAGGAAAGGGAAAACAAGCAAAUGGUGGAGUAGGUAUAUGAAAGGCGCAUCAGCUAUGUAUGCCUAUCACAUUGCCCAAGACGAGGGGAUAGUCACUGUGCUAUCACCACCACCCCCGGACCAAUACAAUCCAUACGGCGGAUCAAACUACCAAACCAUCGAGGAGCCAAUCCUGAAGGGAAAACUCGGGCCCAAAGUCGCAAGGAUUGAAAUGGUACAUCCGACUAUACCUGGCGCCGAGGAGUUUCGCUACCAAAUAUGGCCGAAGGAUGAGACCGGUUCCUGGUAUGAGAAUUUCGGACAUCCCACUCCAGAGACACACUGGCGGGCUGUAAUAGCAAAGCAAGCAUUGCUAUAGAGCAGGCUAUCUUUGGCGUCGAGAUCUCAUGAAGUGGUGGUGUGUCUACCUGGCGAGCGUGGAAAAAUUGCUAACGUUUCCACCAAGUGGAAUGGUCUUGUCCUUUCAUCACCUUGGUAUGACGAUUUCAGGUUUCAAAAAUGAUUCAUUUGAUGCUACCUAAGCCCGGGAUGAAGGUGGCUUAAAAGCCAUUGAACAGAGCAAAAACAUGGAAUUACAGAUUCUCGCUAUGAUUCAUCCCUCAACUGAAUUCUUCGGUGCUUAACUAUGGCUUUCCAAC